UGUGAGCUCCUACAGCACAGUCGAGGAAGAACGUUCCAGUGGAUUUGACAUUUGUAAGCGUGACUGAAGACAAACUGUAUAUAUUAGUACUGCAGCCAAAGACGUCGGAUGCACAAUGUCCCUGCAGUCUCCACCGGACCCUGAACGGCCAGGAAAUGCAGUCAUGGGUCCCGUAGGAAUUGAUUACAUCCCCACAGAGGAGGAGAGGAGAGUGUUCAGGGAGUGUAAUCAGGAAAGCUUCUGGUACAGAUCUCUCCCUAUAUCUGCCAUCAGCAUGGCCUUGACUCAGUUCCUUAUCUCUAGAGGUGCUCUUACGGCCUCCGGAAGAUUUGGAUCUUUGCCCAAAGUAGCUUUUGCUGGUGUUUUUGGCUACCUCGGAGGGAAGUUGUCAUACAUGAAGACAUGCCAGGAGAAAUUUAAGAGCUUGGAGAACUCGCCACUGGGGGAGGCACUGAGACAGAGACAGCGCAACCUACCACCAGUGUUUACCCGUAAGCACCCAGAAAUAAGUGAUCCAAACAAAGCUGAUUUUGAGCCAGCCUUUCAACUUGAUGAACAGAGGAAUCAGUCAUUCUCCUAUUCUAGUGAUUUCACUUACAGUGACCCCAUGUCCUCAGCACCUCACACUGACACCCAAAUUAUGGAGCCAACUUACAUUGAGGAGGAUGUACAGAAGAAACAGGUUCUGUAUGAGGAGCUGCGGAGUAAGAACAGGGAAAACUAUGACGUUAUGACAACUCAGAAACCAGAGACACAGUUGAAGCCUUCAACUGAGACCAUCCCAGCCAAGAGAGAAAAGAAGAAUAAAUAUGGAGACACAUGGGAGGAAUGAGAGCUGCUUCAACACUGUUUUACUGUCUAGAAUCACUGUCUGUAAAUGAUGUCUUUUACAAUACAGAUGUCUAAAUGUGUCUUAAGAGAUGUCUGUCAUUGACUUUCCACCUAUUUAAGGUAAAGGUAAAGACAAUUUUUAUUUUGAAAAACUGUGUGCAGCUUAAUGCAUUAUCUAAUAGUAGCAGCAAGAGUUUAAUAUUUUAAGGAUGCAGUUAGGUUUGACAACCCCAGAAGACAAUUUUAAUAGUGAUUUCCCAUUCAAAAAUUGGUCCAAUUCCAUUAGCAUUGUGGAUGAGUUGUUAUGGUAUUUGAGAGUUUUUAGCACACCAUGAAUUUGACUCAAUUGAAAAUUAACUCCAGAACUUUUUUUUCAUUCAUUUCAUCAUCACAACUGCAGAAAUCAUUUAAGUCAGCAGCACAUUUUGUUCAAGAAUGCAUUACAUCAUUGUUUAUACUUAAGAUUCAUAACCCACCCAAUGACAGGGUUUCUGCAGGUCCUUAAAAAGUCUUUAAAAGUCUAUAAAAGUCUUACAUUUAGUUAUAUCAAAUUUAAGCCCAUAAACAGUCUUAAAUGGUAUAAGAAAGUCUUAAUCAUAAUUUCAAGAGGUCUUAAAUUUGGGGAUGGAAAGGCAAAAAUUACGAUAUAGCUUAAUGUGACGAUUAAAGUUUAAAAAGCUAUGAUUUAAUUGAAUAAAUAUGAGUGCUGCACCAUUUAAAGUCAGCUGCUGUGCUGCUUUGUGUACUGCAUAUUUCACAAACAGCUAUAUUUCUGCCGUUCCAAAAGUGCCACCUGCUGGCAGAGAAUAAAUUUGCAAUUUUAAUCAGGCCAUCUGCUGUUUUUAUUCAGACCAAAGCAAAAAUUAACCCAUAUUUUUUACUGCAAACAUGUAAAUGUAAACUGGUGGACCAAUAAGAUAAUAAUGCAUUAUAAAUAUCUUAACAAUUAAGACAGUAAAAUAUAUUUGUCAUUUAAUUAAAAUGAUUGAUAUUAAUUGUUUAAAUUCAUUUAAUAAUCGAUACUUUUGACUCAUCCAUUUUCUUAAAAAUGGUUUAAAGGCUCCAUUAUUUAAAAUUUGUAAUGUCAAGUUUUUUCGCUAUUUUUAAUAAUUCAAAAAAACUAUUUUUUUUUUUUGUUUUUUUUACUCAUCCUAGAUGGUUUAUCUGAUUUUCACCAAAAUUGGCUCAGACCAUCUUCAAACCAUGCUAGCAAAAACUUUUUUGUUGAUUAGUCAAAUCGUUCUCGAAUAAUGUACAAAUGAGUUUGAUGAAGACCAUGCAAAAAUAGAUGUGAGGCUAUAUCUCCGCAACAGUUUAGUGUAUUGAGACCAAACUUGGUGAUGGUUAUAUCAACCAUGACCUGAGGCUACCUGCACAUUUUCGGCACAGCGCCACGUAGCGGUCAAGUGAUAAGAAAAAAUUGCUAUUUUUGCUUAUAACUUCUAAAUGGUUUGACCAGAAACCACAAAACUGGUCUCUUUAGAUAGAUGCCAAGUCGAACCAUAGCCGAUUUUUCCACGUCAGCCAUUUUGAAUUUUGUUGUAAAAUGUUAUAUUUACGCUUUGUUAUUUUUCCGUUACAAAACUAGGUAUGUGUCUUUAGCACCAUGCCCUGACAGUACUCAGAAAGUUUGGGGGCAGUGUCUCCUUGUGGCCAAAAGUUAUAAUGCUAAUAACAUUUGAAAAUAUUGGGCUAUUGUAAUGAAACUGGUCUCAGUAUAUUCUUUGGGUCAUGUCGAGAACAUAGAUACCAUUUUUGCCAUAAUUUGAUCUUAAAAAUCCUGCGGACACCCUGUAUGAGCAAUGAUUUGCUUUGCUAAGACAGACUAAACCACAGUA